UAUGCUCUUUCUAAAAUAGGUUAUAAUCACUCUUUUAUUAGCCUAGAGUGGAUUAAACAAGUCUUUGACCCUCAGACUAAAGCUCGUGCUAAUAGGAAGCCAUGGAUACUCAUCUACGAUAGCUUUGGGACACAUAAAACCCUCGAGAUUAUUGAAUUUUGCUUAGAGAAUAACAUCAUCCUAUACAGACUACCCUCUCACACGUCUCACAAGACACAACCUUGUAACGUGUUAGUUUUUGGGCUAUUAAAAACAGCGUACCGAGAUAAAGUCGAGCGCCGCUACCAUAGAGGUCUAACAAAUGUCAACAAAGAACACUUCACUGCUAUAUACAGUCGUGCGAGAGAAAGGGCGAUGACGAAGAAGAAUAUACUUGCUGGCUGGGCAAAGACCGGCCUCUUUCCUUAUAACCCUCCGAGGGUUCUUCGUGAUAUCGUAAAGCCAGACGCUCCGCUGACUAUUUCGAUCUCCCACGAUGUCGGAAGCACACAAAAUGGAGUAACCCGGACACCAGUGACGCCCGUGCCAUCGGAAGCAGUGGCACAACUACUGAGCCUCAUCAAGCAAGAUUCUCAUAGUGAUAAGCCAAUUGAAUUACGUCGUCAUAGACUGACUCAGAAGCUUGCCAACGCUGCCGAAAGGUCUAUUGCCCAACAAGCCCUUGACCAGAAUUAUAUUGGGCUUCUUAAGACUGCCAAUAAAGAGGCUAAGACUCGCCGAAAUACAAAGUCAGAUAUCCUGAAGAAGCCUGGGAAGAACGGCGAAGGACGGGUGAUGAGAUAG